AUGAGACGCCGAAAAGCUCCGGUUCGGGAAAAGAAGACGUACGACACAAGCGUGAGAGCGUUCUCCCCAGACGGUUCCAUUUAUCAGGUGGAGUACGCCGCCCAAGCCGCGGACAAGGGGGGCCUGACGAUCGGCGUGCAGACGGACAAGGGCCUGGUGCUCGCGGCGCACGGGCGGCGGCGCUCGCCGCUCCUCAAGGCCUCCUCGGUGUCCAAGAUUGCCGACGUGGACGACGGGCGCAUGUGCUGCGCCAUGUCCGGGCUGCUCCCGGACGGCCGCUUGCUGCUCGACUACGCGCGCACGUGGGUCCAAGAACACCGCUUCGAGUUUGACGAGGCUCCUAGCGUGGAGGCGGUGGCGUCCCAGCUCAGCCGUCUGGCGCUCAAGUUCAACGGCUACGACAAGGACGGGAAGGCCGGUAACGGCGGGCGGGAGGAAGAGGACGGCGGCGGUCCGGCCAUGUCUCGGCCGGUGGGCGUGGCCCUCCUCAUGGCGGGAGUAGAUCGCGGUGAUCGGCCGGUGCUGUACCACUUGGAUCCUUCCGGAGCCUACGUGCAGUGGAGGGCGAGGGCCAUCGGCGACAAGGGUGCCGCCGCGGAAGCAAAGCUGGAGGGGGUUGGCCCCUUCGAGGGCAUGAGCGUGCGGCGCGCGAUGGCCGCUGUGCUCGGGGUGCUCCGGGAGGUGCUGGGCGACGAUGAGUUUUCCACGGACCGGCUGGAAAUGGUGUGCGUGGACAUGAUGGGCGGUGGGCGUGGCAGCGGGGACGGGGGAGGGGGAGAGACAGGAGUAUGUUCAUCAGGCGCGGAGCACGCCACGACAAGCGCCAGCGAUCACGAUAACGUUGGUGGUGCUGGUGAUGGUGCUAUUUCUGGGCCUCGUUUCGCUGGCGAGGGGUCGUCGGUUGGUGCUGCACCGCCUUCGUUGUCGGGAGGGGGGAUUAGCGACGGGAUCGCGAGCGGUGCUCGCAGUUUGAUCGGUCGAGAUAGCGGGAGUAGUGGUGUUGGCGGCGUGCUAGAGGGGGGUGUUGAGGUUGGGCAGGAGGAUGGGUCGUCGGCAGCAUCUGGCGUUGGUCGUUCCUCCGCCGCUGCCUCUGUUGUGCCGCGCUACGGGUAUUUUCGACGAGUGCCCAAAAGCGAGAUGGACGAGCUGCUUGCCGGAAGCACCAGAGGUGACGGCGAAGAGCCGCCAACAGCAGCGAAUGGUUAAAAGAUUUGAUAAAUUCGGAAUGAUGCUGAGGCGUUAUGGUGUUGUAUCUACCUAGCUGUUGGGUGUUGUUGAAUAGUGACGUGGUGCGAAAGGUGUACUAUAGAAGCGUGAUUUCACAUUAGUAAUGUGUCGUGUCCCACCUGAACAUUUCACAUUUAAC